UUGAGUGGUGGGGGCCGGCAGAAGAACUGCCCGAGCGAGGAGCGGCUCUUGGGGUCGGGCCGCACGGUUGUAGCGCCCGCUUUGGGGCCCCCGAGAGGCUGCUGGGCCGGGAUAGCGGCCAGCGGCCACGGGGGGGAAGGGGGUGGGUGGGCUGAGAGCAGCUUGGCGGCGAAGCUGGCCCGCCACCCCUUCCCCCCACCUCCGUCGACCUUGUAGGCAGAAGCUUCCCGGCGCUCCUCACGCCGGCGCGAUGGCUACUGCUGCGGAGGCGGAGGCCUCUCCGCCGACGGACGCGAACUGGGAAAGUGGCGGCGGCGGCGGAGACGACGAGCUGAAGCAGGCGCUUCCGGAGCUUGAGUCCUCCCCACAAAAUGGCGGCGGCCUCAGCGUCGCGGAGCCCGGCGGCGGCGCCGGGCCUGAGGAGACCGCGGCUGCCGAGGCCGCCCCGAGCCUCUGCCACGAGCAGCCUCAGGACUCCUGUGAGGCGGGCGCGGCCGCUCUGCCCAAAGGCCCCGAAGAGCCCGAAAGACCCGUUAGGAGGAGUUUUCAGAUCCCCAGGAAGAGCAGAGAAAAGAAAGCACUUUUUCAGCCAUUAACUCCAGGCUCUCGGGAAUUUGAAGAUGUUUUAAAUAUUCUCCACUCAUCUUACCUUGAACCAACUUCAGUAACAAAUUUUAACUACAGACGUGCUUGCUUGAUACAUAAUGAGCUUUUGGAAAAGGAGUUUACAGAAAAGCGAAGAGAACUGAAGUUUGAUGGUCGUUUAGAUAAAGAACUUUCAGAAUCCUAUGCAUUUCUGAUGGUUGAUCGGUAUCAGGUUCAGAGCAUAUGUGAAAAAGGAUUACAGGUGGGCCAGUCCAAAAUAACAAUUCUUGGCAGUCCUUCCAUGGGUGUCUAUCUUUCUAGGUAUGCUGAUUUAUUACAAGCUAAUCCUUUGGAAGCUGGGGCAGUGGGCGAUGUUGUUAUUUUUAAAAUAAUGAAGGGUAAAAUAAAGAGUAUAUAUGACCCGAUGGGUGUAAAAAGUUUGGAAUCUAUAUUAAAUAAAAGUGCUUUGGACCCAACACCAAAGCAUGAAUGUCAUGUGUCGAAGAAUGCCAAUAGAAUUACAUCACUUUUGGCUUAUAGAGCUUAUGAGCUUACUCAGUAUUAUUUUUAUGAGUAUGGCUUUGAUGAGCUAAGGCGAAGACCGAGACACGUGUGUCCAUAUGCAGUUGUGUCUUUUACUUAUAAAGAUGAUAUACAAACUCCGAAGUUCGUACCUUCAUCAAGAUCUAACAGCUUUAAUGCAGAUAGAAACUCAGAUAAAUUUAACUACACGUUGUGGAAAGGACAGCUUUUAAAUAAAGGAAAGCUUUUGUGUUAUAUUUCUCUGAGGUCAGCCACUCGUGCUUUUUUGCCUAUCAAGCUUCCUGAGAAGUUAGAUGUUGAAACAGUUAUGAGUAUUGAUCAUCUGAAACAGAAAAUCCCUCCAGCGCUGUUUUAUAAGGAAACUUACUUAGGUCCAUAUGAAGUUUUGAAGAAUGGAAUGUAUUGCAGCCUCUAUGAAGUUGUAGAAAAGACAAGAAUUGGAAGUAACAUGGAAAAUUUGCUGCAAAAACUAGAGAAAGAAAAACUUGUUCUUGUUAAACCUUUGGGAGACCGAGGAUACCUUUUUCUUCUCUCUCCUUGUCAAAUGGUUUCUCCAUAUGAACAUCAUACUGCUAAGUCUCGAGUCUUACAUGCUUUGUUUCUAUUUCAAGAACCUAGAGGCAUAGUUACUUCACAGAAAGGUUCAACCAGUGCAGCACCACAGGAGAGACGUGAGAGCAUACCAGAUGUAUUAAAAAUAACUCAAUUUUUACAGUUUGCUUUGAUUCAGUGUCGAAAGGAAUUCAAAAAUAUAAAUACUAUAAAUUUUCAUUCUGUUGUUGAAAAGUAUGUAAGUGAAUUUUUUAAGCGAGGUUUUGGUUCAGGUAAACGAGAGUUUAUCAUGUUUCCAUAUGAUUCACGAUUAGAUGAUAAAAAAUUUUUAUAUUCAGCUCCAAGAAAUAAAUCCCAUAUUGAUAAUUGUUUGCAUACCUAUAUUUUUCGGCCUGAAAUGUAUCAGUUACCUAUUUAUAAAUUAAAAGAGCUAUUUGAAGAAAAUAGAAAACUUCAACAGUUUAGUCCACUUUCAGAUUAUGAAGGCCAAGAAGAAGAAAUGAAUGGUACAAAAAUGAAAUUCGGAAAACGAACUAACUCAAGGGGUGAAACUAUUACACCUGGAAAGCAGAAGUCAUCUCACUCUUCGGAUUAUGAUAAGGAUAGAGUCAAAGAAUUGAUUAAUUUAAUUCAGUGUAGGAAAAAAAAUGUGGGUGGGGACUCAGACAAAGAAGAUAUGAGAAGCAAAACUGUCUUGAAGAGGAAACUUGAGGAUCUACCUGAAAAUAUGAGAAAGCUCGCCAAAACCAGUAAUUUAUCUGAAAAUUGCCAUCUGUAUGAAGAGUCUCCACAGCCUGUUGGCUCACUUGGGCAUGAUGCUGACUUGAGACGGCAGCAGCAGGAUACCUCUAACUCUAGCAUUGCUGACAUCCAUAGGUUGUUUAAUUGGCUAUCAGAAACACUAGCAAAUGCACGUCAUUCUGAUGCAUCCCUGACAGACACAGUCAACAAGGCCUUAGGAUUGAGCUCUGAUGGUGCCUAUGAAGAGAUGAGGCAAAAGCAUGAAUAUGAGUUGAACUCUACCCUGGAUAAGAAAGAAUAUGAGCAGCCUACUGGUGUAAAAAUGGAAAGUGCACAUUUUAAGGAUACUCAGAGCCCACUGCUAGAAGUUGAUACAUCAUCUUUAAAGUAUCCUCUUGCUGUUUCUACCAGUGAAGUAGGUACUGACCAUAAACUACAUUUGAAAGAAGAUCCAAAUUUAAUUAGCAUGAGUAAUUUUGAAGAUUGCAGUUUGUGUCCCACUGUUCCCAUUGAACGUGGAUUCCGUAGACAAUCUAAGUCAAAUAAUGUUGAAGAGACUGAAAUACAUUGGAAACUGAUUCCAAUUACAGGAGGGAAUGCAAGAAGCCCAGAAGACCAGCUGGGGAAACAUGGUGAGAAACAAACACCAGACACACUAAAGGGCACCACUGAGGAUGACGUGUUGACAGGUCAGGUGGUGACAGUGGAGGAGCAGUGUGUGCCAGCAGCAGAACCGCCUGCAAUGAGUGAAACCACAGAAAGGACAGUGUUAGGAGAGUACAGCCUCUUUUCUAGGAAGAUAGAAGAGAUUCUGAAGCAGAAGAAUGUUUCAUAUGUCAGCAGAAUUUCCACACCUACCUUUUCAACACAAGAGAAGAUGAAACGGCUUUCUGAGUUCAUAUAUUCUAAGACUUCCAAAGCUGCUGUACAGGAGUUUGUAGAUGGCUUGCAUGAGAAACUAAAUACUGUUAUCAAAGCAUCAGCCAAGGGUGGGAAUUUGCCAGCAGUCAGUCCUAAUGAUUCUAGUACUAAGAUAGCAUUGAGCCCUCUGGGAAGGCAUGUCAUACCAGUUUCCUCAAGCGACUUCAACAAUAAACACCUCCUUGAGCCACUUGGUAGUGAUCCUCUGAAAGACACCAACUCUAAUGAGCAGCCUUCCUCUUCGGCUUCGGGUUUAACUGAAGCAGAAGUGAACCAGCCACACCAUGCCACAGAGCCAGUGAUGACUUCUGAUCAUACUGCCCGGGAACCAGUAGAAAAAGAAACAAAAUCGCCCAGUGAUGUAAACAUUUCUGCCCAACCAGCUCUUUCAAACUUUAUAAGCCAGUUAGAACCUGAAGUAUUUAACAGUUUGGUUAAAAUCAUGAAAGAUGUCCAGAAAAAUACUGUGAAAUUUUAUAUUCAUGAAGAAGAGGAGAGUGUGCUCUGUAAAGAAAUAAAGGAAUAUCUUAUCAAAUUAGGCAAUACAGAGUGUCAUCCAGAACAGUUUUUGGAAAGAAGAUCAAAAUUAGAUAAACUAUUGAUUAUUAUUCAAAAUGAAGACAUUGCAGGUUUCAUUCACAAGGUACCUGGCUUGGUGACUUUAAAGAAGCUUCCUUGUGUUAGUUUUGCUGGUGUUGAUAGUUUGGAUGAUGUUAAAAAUCAUACAUACAAUGAGUUAUUUGUAUCUGGAGGUUUUAUCGUUUCUGAUGAAUCCAUUCUAAAUCCAGAAGUAAUCACAAUUGAGAACCUUAAAAAUUUUUUGACAUUCCUCGAAGAACUUAGUACUCCAGAAGGAAAAUGGCAAUGGAAAGUCCACUGUAAAUUUCAGAAAAAACUAAAGGAACUGGGCAGAUUGAAUGCUAAAGCUCUGAGUCUCUUGACCCUUCUGAAUGUCUAUCAGAAGAAACAUCUGGUUGAAAUUUUGUCAUACCACAACUGUGAUUCACAAACUCGAAAUGCUCCAGAAUUGGAUUGCCUUAUCAGACUUCAGGCUCAAAACAUACAGCAACGACACAUAGUCUUUUUAACAGAAAAGAGUAUCAAGAUGCUUUCCAGUUAUACCGAUAAUGGAAUAGUGGUUGCGACUGCUGAAGACUUUAUGCAAAACUUUAAAAAUCUUGUGGGCUAUCACAACUCAAUCACAGAAGAAAACCUUCCUUUGCUUGGUGCUAAUGAGAAUCUUGAGUCACAGUCAGAUGCUGUUUUGACAUUAACCCCUUUGGAGCUGGGAGUUGGGAUUUCCCAACAUUAAACGUGAACACAUUUCGCAGAAGCUUUUAGCAUCGGAUUAUCUGGACAUUCACACCUAGUGUGAGUGUUGUGACUAAGUGAACUUGUGGCAGAAGACCAAGCUUUAAGGGAUUGUGGACUUGCAGACCCUGACGCAUUAUAUUGUGUGAGUAGUGUAUAAUUUUAAAACUUAAACAAAUUGUGUAUUUCAAUAGAGGAGGACUUUUUGUUUUUUAAAUGUAGCUCUUUUAGAAAACGAUGAAAAGGACGAAGAGGAUAUGUCUCUGGAUUCAGGGGAUGAAAUCUCAAAAAUAGAAGUAUGCAGCAAUUUUCAUUCAGAAAUGUUGGAGAAAGAGACCAAAGGAUCACGUGGAACAGAUCAAAAAAAGAAUAUUCAAAUUGAGUUGCAAUCGUCUCUUGACUUGCAAAAAAGUUUAUUAGAAGAGAAGACUUAUGAAAUUGAUUCUGAAGAGAGAGCUUCUAUUGAUAUAGUAUGCUCUGAAGGAGAGAACAGUAAUUCAGCUGAACAGGAUUCAUAUAGCAACUUUCAGGUUUAUCACAGUCAAUUAAAUAUGUCCCAUCAGUUUAGUCAUUUUAAUGUUCUCACUCAUCAGACAUUUUUGGGGACACCAUAUGCCCUUUCAUCAAGUCAGUCUGAAGAAAGUGAAAAUUACUUUUUAUCUGCUUAUACUCAAAACUUGGAUAGAGAGAAAUCUCCAUUAAGUUGGUGGAAAAGUGAUACUUCCAGGCCGUUUUCAAAAGAGAAAUAAUUACAGUAACUUUUUUUUUUUUAAGUAGGUUGUUAUGGACUUUUUCUGUUUCUUAAAAGUGAAUUCACAAUUUAUAUUUCAUUCUCUAAACAAAAGGUUUCUUUUCCUUUCGCAAAUGUUUUUUUCCUCUUAUUUAAAUCAUGAUGGCCUGUAACAGUUGAAGCAUCUGAAAAUUGAAAUAAAUAUAUAUUUUUAACAUAUUGUACUUGAAUUAUCUCAUAUUGGCACUUUUAAGUUUUACACUUAUGUCAUCUGUACUUUGGCUUCAAAUUGAAGCCUGUUUUAUAUGUAAAACUAGAUAGUUGCAAAAGGAUAGUGAACAAUGGCUUUACAUUUUUUCCCCUCCUCUAAUGUCAAUGAUCCCAGCUACUUUUGCUGAAAUGAUAUAUCAACUGAUGCAUUUGCUACUUUUGCUGAAAUAUCAACUAAUGCAUUUAUUUUAAGCUUUUUGUAUAGUGCUUUUACACAGGUAUAAGCCAGUGAUGUUAAUAUUUACACGAUUUUGGCUCAAUACCUCAAGAUUUAUUGAACAAAGCCAUUUCAUUUAGAUGAUAAAACUAUGUACCAUAUAGGA